AUGUUACCGGAGAGAAGAAGUGCGGUGUCUUCAAAUCUGAAUCCGUCUGGUCAGAAUGAUCAUUCGUUUAUACUUCGAAGAGGGAAAAAGUUUGGUCGGAUAGUGAAACUGAAGCUCUCACAUUUCAUCUUCUUCUUCGUUUCACUCUUUUUCUUUUCUUGCAUCUUCUCUGGCCAUAAACUACUCUUUCAUGGUUCUGAGUUCUCACCUCACUUUGAGCAAAAGUCUUACACGAAAAGCCAUAUGUUCACGUCAAAGCUUGAUAUAGUAUCAAACAAAUCCAACAUCGAGAAACCACAUGGAAGCAAGAAGAGAACCAAGCAUUUGCCAUGUGAAGUUGCACUUGCUGGAUCUGUUAAUUACAUACUUGAGCCUAAGGAGUAUAUGGAUUUGAAGCCAUUUUCUUUAGGCUUUGUAGAGAGAGAGACAUAUGAUAAGCCUAGAUUUGGAGGGCAUCAGACACUCAAGGAAAGAGAGAGAUCAUACUCUGCUACAAACCAGACAAUCCACUGUGGUUUUGUCAAAGGAAGUAAUGGAUUCGAUCUGAGUGAAAAGGACAAGGCGUACAUGAACAAGUGUCUAGUCUCUGUGUCUUCUUGCAUUUUUGGAAACUCUGAUUUCUUAAGGAGGCCUGCAACCAAAAAGAUCAGUGAAUUCUCGAAGCGAAAUGUUUGCUUUGUGAUGUUCCUUGAUGAGCAAACACUAUUGAAACUGGCUAGUGAAGGGCAUGUUCCAGACAAGGAAGGGUUUGUUGGUCUGUGGAGAACUGUUGUUGUGAGGAAUUUGCCUUACAACGAUAUGAGAAAGACUGGAAAAAUUCCGAAGUUUCUGUCACACCGUCUUUUUCCUUCUUCUAGGUAUUCGAUUUGGAUAGACAGUAAGAUGAGGCUCACUACAGAUCCUAUGCUGAUCAUUGAGUUCUUCUUGUGGAGAACGAAGUCAGAGUUCGCUAUCUCUAACCAUUAUGACCGGCAUUGUGUUUGGGAUGAGGUGUUACAGAACAAACGGCUGAACAAGUACAACCACUCGGCCAUCGAUGAACAGUUUAUGUUCUACAGAUCAGAUGGACUCAAGAAAUUUGACCCUUCAGAUCCUAAACUUCCUCUUCCAAGCUAUGUACCUGAAGGGUCUUUUAUUGUGAGGGCUCAUACACCAAUGUCAAACCUAUUCUCUUGCCUUUGGUUCAAUGAAGUUGAUCGGUUUACAUCGCGAGAUCAGCUGAGUUUUGCAUACACUUACCUUAAACUUCAGAGACUCAAUCCAGAUAGACCAUUACGCCUAAACAUGUUCAAGGAUUGUGAGCGUCGAGCAUUGACUAAACUCUUCCACCAUCGCGUAGAUUCAUCUCCUCCUUCGCCUCCUGCUUGA